GCCUGAGAGCCACCAAUAAUGCCAUCAUCCAAUCAGCCCCUAGCCUUCCCCACAAGCGCUCUAUUUGAGUGCCUCAGAAAUUUGCAUGUCUUUGUAACACCUUCAGUCACUUCCACUGUCCCCAGACUGGAUCCAACCUCCCAUGUGUCGUCUCGGCUGUUGACAUCGUCAACCAGCCCCUUUCUACGACAAGGCCGCCAAACAGAGUUUAAUCUGGUUACAACAAUGAGAAGACUGAUCUAAUCAUGAAGAUGCCUGGCCAAUUUGGUGCUUCCAGUUGUGACAGGACCGCACACCGUGACCGCAACUUCCCAUGCAGUUGCCCAACAGUGCCGAGGUUUUUCAAGCUUAUAAUACUCCCCCACCUCUCUCCUUCAACACUUGCUUCUUCCAUUCUUCAAAACCUUCCGGUCCGUCAGCUUUUCCAUCCCCACAUCGCCUCUAUUUUAUUCUCCAUAUUGUGUCUCCAAGUGCUUCAGAGUACGAGCUUCAUUAAGUCGAGAAAUCAUCAUACCAUAUAUUCAGCACCAACACGUUUGUCGAACGCAAUUUCUCGAUCACGGCACACCGCCUACCCCAAAAUCCAGUCCACGACUUUCAUCAGUCUCAAUCCUGAGCAUUCCCGUUCCUCCCUCGAGACACAAUCAUCUGACAUCUUUUCAUCAUCCAUAAGCACACAGACUGGCUCACAGAUAGUCAUCUCACGCACCAAGACGGCGCCCUUUCCACAUCAAACAUCUCUACAGACUAACUCCACUGAUCAUCAGUCAGACGAUCACUGUUGUCGCAGCCGUCACCAUAAUACCAUCAUCUCAGUCAUCAUUUUACAGCAUCGCAUCUUCACAUAAAACCCUUUUCACCUAUUCAUAAUCUGGUUCUCUGUUAGCAGUUUGCAUGUUAUAAAGUAUCACUCAACACAUUUCUCAUCUACAAACGGUAUCUAUACACCGAUCUUGACGUCUUUUCUCACCUCUCAUCCCUCCGUUGUUAUUUCACUUCGCGCUAUAAUGGAGCCCAUCAAGAUCAAGACCACCGUUCUCACCGCCGACGCUUUGGCGAAAGCCAUGGCCGAGAUGCAAUUCAUCCUUUCCCAGCUAACCCCCUCAGAGUACAAAGAUGCCCUGGCCAUCCAGUCAGGCGACGUUUCCGACCGAUCAGCUCAGAACCUGUUCUCCGACCCGGGGGGCAACGACUCGGUCAGCUCUGACCAAAACCUCACCACCACAACAACCCUUGCCUGUCCCAGUCAUCCAACCACCGACGAACCCACCACCACCGAGACAAAACCCGGGCAAAACAACUACCACAUCCUCCCGCACCCGGUCCCGGUCUCCAAAUCUGAGCCGCGGACUGUGAAAAUCGGCACGCUAAACAACAUCCCCAUCUACCACUACUUCUCCCACGCCGAGCAGUUCCUCGCAAGCCAAGAAUACGCCACCCCGUUCGGGAAGCGCUUCCUCCUCGACGAGCCAGACAGCUUGUUGCCUUCCGAUGACCCCUCUGACAGGGUUUUCCACCCUCCCCCCCACUCGGAGGAGUGGUGGCCCGGUCCGGGGAACGCAAACAGGGAUUUUCGAUUCAAGAAAUAUUUUGAGAUACGUAAGUCGGGGCUUGGGGGGUUAGGGGCGUUUGCUACGGUGGAUAUUGCGAUGGGUAGGGUUAUCUUGCUGGAGAGGCCGCUGCUGUUGACCACGCAUGGGAGGGUGGAGGAUGAUGUGUUGGCGAUGCGGCAGGAGGGGAAGGGAAUUUAUAGGAGCUUGGAUGGGGGAGGUGAGGUGGGGUGGGUGAGCAGGGUGAAGGAUCGGAAUUGCUUUGAUCUGGGAGGUGGGAUAGGUUUCUUUGGGAUUGCCUCGAGGUUCAACCAUGCUUGUCAGGGUGCGGCGAAUGUGAAUUAUAAGUAUGAUCAUCAGAGAAAGGUGAUGGUUAUGACGGCGAGGAGGGAUAUCAAGGCGGCGACGGAGCUGUUUAUUGACUAUGGGGCUGGGUCUUCGGCUUGCUUGUAUGCCAUGUAUGGGUUUGUUUGUCGGUGCGGUGGGGGGUGCCGGCGGUUGACGAGGAGGGAUUUGGAGGCCAUGGGGGCUGGGUUGAAGGAACUUGUGAAGUGGGGGUUGGCGAGUGAGAAGGAAUUGGCGUGGUGAUUGGGGGUUUGAUAGGGGGGAUGAAAUGCGGUAAUUUAUGUGGGUGAUUUUCUCGCAGUUUUUUUUUUUUUUUUUGGUUGUAUUUCGCUGCUUUGGUGAAUUGAACGUUGUGUUGAAGUUUUAUUGAUGGUCCUGGUGACAAGUUGGUUUACAACAUAACUAUUGAUACACGUCAGUAUAAACGUGUAUUGACCGUCGACUUACCAUGCGUGCUUCACUUGAUAAAUCCCCGCAGGGACAUCGUUGGAUCAAGGAAAAGGGGCUUCCAGGCGACAGGCUAGGGGUUAGGGUAUGAAGGUCUUGCCCCUUUUUGACCCCUAUUUGCUGAUGUUAUGCUGCUUCCACACCCAUCAUAGAUAAGCAUCAUGUUUCCAAGGGAGACCGGGCCUAUUGGUAGGGGCGCUCAACAGAAGAGGUAUUUCUGUUGCGCAUCAUGACAAAAUCGAGCAAUCUGCAACCAUAAACCCCAUCUGACAUCCGGGCAAGAGCUCAACGCAAAGGGUCCUCUCGUCUUUCGUGAAGCACACAGAAAGGGUUAAGGUUGAUUGAUGGCCUCGUUCGUAUUCCAAAGUUGAACACCCUAUCACACAUGCAAGCGUGAUAUGACACUAUACCACUCGAGAUAUUGAGGCGGCAGGAGACGGCAGGCCAUGAGGAGCUUAACUGGCGGACGGCAAGGCCAG